GAGUGGAGUGGGCAGAGAGAGGGGCAGCAGCAGAAGACAGCUCUGCGCUCUCAGCCCUCGUCUGCUGUGUUCUGAUGUGCGCUGCGCUGAGAAAAGGAAGCACGACUCUCUUAUCACGUCACUCUGUGUUAAGGAGUUGAGCAGGAAACAGCCUUUCCUCUUGGAUUGUCGCAGUAGGACAAAACAGGAUAUUUUUUUCCUUACUCAAUGCACCCCUCGGCACAGAAGACGCGGAAACCGGCCAGAAGGAAAAAUGCCUCCUUCGGAGAAGAUAGUUGUUCUGAUUUUCGGCGUUCUGGUGCUGGAAUCGUCCUGGAAUGCACAACACAGCCCAUGGCUUGCCAGCGCGCUACAGAUCCAACAGGCGUUCGCCUCUCCAAACCAGACCAAUAACUUUGUGGUGGAUGAGGUGAGUAGAAAAGUCUACCUGGCUACGGUAAACAUGGUCUACCAGCUUAACAGGACCCUGAGCGUGGAGGUGGAGAAGAGAACAGGGCCGGUGGAGGACAACCUGCUGUGCCAUGCGCCGCAGCUUCCCCAAGCGCCCUGCGAGCACCCCAAAUCCCUCACUGACAACUUCAACAAGCUGCUCGAGCUGGACCGGGAGCAGGGGGUGCUGGUGGUAUGCGGCUCGGUGUACCAGGGCUUCUGUGAGCUCAGGAAGAUGGAAAAUAUAUCUCAGAUAGCGGUGGAGUUUCCCCCUCAGGGCGAGAAGACCGUGUUCCCCAGCAUGCUGAAUAUCGCCGCGAACCACCCCAACGCUUCCACCGUGGGGCUCAUCUUCAGGAGCCAUGGGGGGAACACCCGACUCCUCGUCGGGGCCACUUACACCGGCGUCGGGACCACGUUUUUCCCCAAGAACCACAGCAAGGAGGACCUGCGCUUCGAGAACACACCCGAAAUCGCCAUUCGGUCCCUGAACAUCAAUGAUUUAUCUAGGCUGUUCACCUAUGACAUCAACCCGUCCGAGGAUAACGUCUUCAAGAUCAAACAGGAGGUGAAGCAGAAGAAUAAACUAAACUUUGUCCAUGCCUUCAUUCAGAAGACCUAUUCUUAUAUUGCUAUCAACAACGACGCGAAUAUGGGCCACAAGGAGAGCCAGCCGAACAGCAUCCUGGCCAGGAUAUGCCUGGACACCGAGAACCCCAGAAAAUCCACCUCAGAGAGCCGUAAACUCACUGAGUCCUUCAUCCAGAUGCCGCUCCAGUGUGGAUAUAACGGGAACAUCUACAACCGUCUCGUCUCCGUUCACCCCGCGGAGAUCCACUCGGGGACCGGAGAGGGGCUGGAGUCGUACCUGUUCGGGGUGUUCACCAAAUCAGAUAGAAAGUCUGCCCUGUGUGCGUUUCGGUUCUCAGACAUCGAGGAAGAGAUCCGUCAGGGCCGGAGGAACUGCUCCAACUCCCCCAGCAGCGAGGUGCAGGUGCUGGACAGCGUCAUCCAGGGCUCGGGCGCAGCGUGCGUACACAAAGGGAAUCUGGUGCUGCAACCGGAGCAGCUGGACUGUGGAGCGGCCCACCUGCAGCACCCACUGGCCCUACAAAGGCCCUUGAGGGCCACACCCCUGUUUGAGUCUCUGGGCCUCAGCUCUGUUGCCGUGGACAAUGUACAUCACCACACUGUGGUGUUUCUGGGCACCAGCACCGGACGACUGCGCAAGCUGACCCUCCUGAAGAACCUGACCGUGGCCAAUCAGUGGUCUCUGAAGCUACCAGCCGGCGAAUCAGUGCACCACAUUAUGACCUUUGACCCCAUAGACAGGAACUACCUCUACCUUAUGACUUCUCACCAUCUCCUGAGGGUAAAGGUAGCAGCAUGUAGCCAGUACAGAACAUGCAGUGACUGUCUGGGGGCCGGCGAUGCACACUGUGGCUGGUGCACACUGGAGAGCAGGUGUUCCAUCCAGAGGGAGUGUGCCUGGGGGCCUCUGGCGCGCUCCUGGAUCGGGAUGGGCGAAGGUCCCCAGCAGUGCCCCUCCAUGACCCUCACCCCCCCAGAGAUCAGCCUGUCCACUGACAUCAAGGAUGUGGGGAUUCUGAUAAACGGCAGUGUCCCUGAUCUGGUUGGUUCGCGGGUGGAAUGUGAUUAUGGAUUGGGUGUUGCCACGGCAGCCACGGUGCACCUGGACUACGGCCCAGCCCAGAUUCAGACCUGCCCCCUACUACCUCGGGAGAGGUACCCCAACAUCCCCCCUGGCAGAGAUCACUUGACUGUUCCCGUGGCGAUAAAGGUGAACGGCACAUCCGUGGUUUCCGGGAGCUUCGUCAUCUAUGAUUGCGAGAGGACAGGAGCGAUACACACGAAGACUGCAUGUAUCAGCUGUCUGAGCACCAGGUGGAGGUGUUACUGGGACCAGGACAGCCACUCUUGCCUCUCCUCUAAAGAAGACUCCAAACAUAGCCUGCUAGAGAAUGCUACUUUCUGUCCAAGUCUUGUGGCAGAGAAUGUUGCACCUUCGCCCUCGGGGAUGACCCAGAACUUCACCCUGUUCCUAGACAACGUGGUACAGGGGGAGGAGCUAGAGUGUGACUUUGGGAACGAGCAGCGGUAUGAUUCCCGAUGGCUGGAGGACAGCUCAGGGAUCAAGUGCAGUGGAGUGACGCUAACCACUGUGGAGAAGAGUCAGGUGUUUCAGCUCAGUCUGCGUAGAAAGGGACACCUGGACAAAUACAUCGACAGCCCUAAACCCGUGACAGUGGAGGUGUAUAACUGUGGGGUGGGCAAUGGGGACUGUUCUCAGUGUUGGGGACGUGAGAACCUGGGACAUCUGUGUGGCUGGUGUGACAACAGCUGUAGACCCAGGAAUGACUGCCAGUAUAUGAAUAGCCAGUGUCCUGACCCCGAGAUCACCAAGAUCUCCCCCCAGAGUGGGCCGUUGGAGGGAGGUACCCUGCUCACGGUGCAGGGUAGGAACAUGGGGCGCAGGGCUGAGGUAGUGGAGGUCUCCAUCGGGAUGUUCCCAUGUACAAUCAUUCCUGACCAAUACACUGUCUCUGUGGAGCUGGUGUGUGUUACUGGGCAGGCCAUUGAUCCCACAAAGAAUUUUGUCAGAAUUACUGUGAACCAAAAAGCAAUGGCGGUGUCCAAAGAGGCCUUCUCAUACUUGGUCCCCAAGCUGCUAUCCAUGGAGCCUAGAAAGGGCUCUCGUUCUGGGGGAACCAGGGUUACCAUCAAGGGGGAGCACCUGGACACUGGCUCCCAGAUCAGAGUCAAGGUCAAUGGUACCCAGGAAUGCACCAUCCUCACGCUAACUGAAGACACCAUUGAGUGCACCAUGCCUGCGGCCCUGCACACACACACUGAGGCGGUGUCGGUGUGUGUGGAGUUUGAAUACAUACCCUGUCAGCGCUCUGAGCUCCUCACCCAGUACAUUUACGAGAAGAACCCCAGCAUCAGCUACAUCAAACCUAGACAGAGCUACCUCAGUGGCGGUCGGACCAUCACAGUGACGGGGCAGGGUUUUGACCUGGUUCAGAGCGUCACUAUGGAGGUGCUAGACAUCGGGCAGGCGGCCUGUAAGGUGCAGCCUCCCUCCAUGAUUACAUGCUCCUCCCCCACCUCUAGCCAAUCUCAGCAGGCCACGGUAGAGUUCUUCCUGAAUGGAGUCCUCUACACGGGAGAUAGCCCAAUCUUUUAUGGCCCAGGCCAGGAGGAAGAGGAGGAGCCACAUGGAGGUCACUUCCUGUUGGAGUACGUGGAGGACCCUCAAUUCUUCACCGCCAACAAGGAGAAGCUGAUCAAGCACCACCCUGGGGAGCCACUCACACUCAUCAUCAACAAAGGACCGAGCAAUCUGGAACUGGCGCCGGAGGAAUACUCAGUAAUGAUUGGCUCCUAUCCCUGUGACAUCAGCUUCCAUAACGACCAGCUGUUCCACUGCAGCAUCAACGGCUCGCUGGGCUCCAGUGAAGGAGAACUGCCUGUCACCGUGCAGGUGGGUAACUUCCAGAGGAUCAUAGCCAAGGUGCAGCUGGGUGGUAGUGAGCUGGCCAUUGUGGUGUCCAUCGUGGUGUGCUGCGUCCUGUUGCUGCUGUGCACUGUGGCUCUGGUGGUAUACUGUACUAAGAGCCGGAGGGCGGAGCGCUACUGGCAGAAGACUCUGCUGCAGAUGGAGGAGAUGGAGUCCCAGAUCAGAGAGGAGAUCCGCAAAGGCUUUGCAGAGCUGCAGACAGAUAUGACAGACCUGACUAAGGAGCUGAACAGUAGCCAGGGAAUCCCCUUCCUGGAGUACAAACAGUUUGUCACACGCACUUUCUUCCCCAAGAUGUGUUCAGACUAUGAGAGGAGUCUGGUCCAGCCCGUCUAUGAGAACAACGCCCUCGGUCCACGAGCCCUCCCUGAGACACACCCCCUUCUGCAGGACUGGCAGCCCUCUAACACAGCCAAGCCUAACAUGGAAGAGGGCAUAACUCUCUUCUCCACUCUUCUCAACAACAAACACUUUCUGGUUACCUUCGUCCACGCGCUGGAGCAACAGAAGGACUUUGCCGUACGCGACAGGUGUAGCCUGGCGUCCUUGCUCACUAUCGCCCUCCAUGGUAAACUGGAGUACUACACCAGCAUUAUGAAGGAUCUGCUGGUGGACCUGAUCGACGCCUCGGCCGCCAAGAACCCCAAGCUGAUGCUGCGACGCACAGAGUCUGUGGUGGAGAAGAUGCUCACCAACUGGAUGUCUAUCUGCAUGUACAGCUACCUCAAGGAGACAGUGGGCGAGCCCUUCUUCCUGCUACUGUGUGCCAUCAAGCAGCAGAUCAACAAGGGUUCUAUAGACGCCAUCACAGGGAAGGCCCGGUACACCCUCAACGAGGAGUGGCUGCUCAGAGAGAACAUCGAGGCCAAGCCACAGAACAUCAACGUCUCGUUCCAGGGCUGUGGGAUGGACUCUCUGGCCGUGAGGGUGAUGAACACAGACACCAUCUGCCAGGUGAAGGAUAAGAUUCUAGAUGCCUUCUAUAAGAACCUGCCCUUCUCGCAGUGGCCCCAGGCAGAGGACGUAGACCUGGAAUGGUUUGCGUCUGGUAGUAACAGCAGGAUCCUCCAGGACCUGGAUAACACUUCAGUGAUGGAGGAUGGCAGGAAGAAACUCAACACAGUCACGCAUUACCAGAUCCCAGAGGGGGCGUCGUUCGCCAUGAGCAUGAAAGACAAGAGAGACAACACCCUGGGGAGAGCCAAAGACUUGGACACAGAGAAAUAUGUCCAUUUGGUCCUGCCUCAUGAUGAGCUGUUUGAGAAUAAGAAGUCCCACAGACAGAGUCACCGUAAGAAGGUCCUCCCUGAGAUCUACCUGACACGCCUCCUCUCCACCAAGGGAACAUUGCAGAAGUUCCUGGACGACCUUUUCCAGGCCAUCCUCAGUAUUCCCGCAGAGCGUCCUCCACUGGCCAUCAAAUACUUCUUUGACUUCCUGGAGGAGCAGGCAGACAAGAGGGGCAUCACCGACCCCGACACCCUGCACAUCUGGAAGACCAACAGUUUACCUUUGCGUUUCUGGGUGAACAUCCUGAAGAACCCUCAGUUUGUGUUUGACAUUGAUAAGACGGAUCACAUGGAUGCAUGUCUGUCUGUCAUCGCCCAGGCCUUCAUAGACGCCUGCUCCAUUUCAGACCUGCAGCUGGGCAAGGACUCUCCCACCAACAAGCUGCUGUAUGCCAAGGAGAUCCCAGAGUACAAGAAGAGGGUGCAGUGCUACUACAAGCAGAUCCAGGAGAUGGCGCCACUGAGCGAGCAGGAGAUGAACGCCCACUUGGCCGAGGAGUCACGGAAAUACAGAAACGAGUUCAAUACCAACCUGGCCUUGACGGAGAUCUACAAAUACGCCAAGAAAUACAGAAACCAGGUGGUGAGUGCUCUUGAGUCCAACCCCACAGCGAAGCGUACUCAGCUGCACCACAAGUUUGAGCAGGUCAUUGCUCUGGUGGAGGACAACAUCUAUGAGUGCAGCAGUGAGGCCUGAGUCCCCCUCCACCCAGAUUCCAGCCUAUUCCCCCUGGCUGCCUCCACCCUACCCGGGGUCCAAGGACCUAGGAAACCCCCAGUCCGUCUACCCUCCACAUAUUCCUUCUGUUUAUAGAGCCCAAAGACGGAAAGGAACUCUUUGCUUUAAGAAAGAUUUUGCUUUAAGACUGGAAGCGAUGUCAGCUUGAGCUUUACUGUACCACCCCUAACCCAAGACUGCCUUAGAAACCUGAUUGGGAGCACUGUACCAUGGAUUAAGAAAUGUCCUAAGAAACGUACCUUGUAUUGAGCAAUUGCUUUAGAUACCGAGAAAUUGAUACCCACGUCCCUUAUAUCAAAUAUAGAAUCUCUGGAUCCUCCCUUUUGACUGUGUUGACUCUUCUAUUCACACAUGGAUAUAACCCCAAGCUGGUUUCCUGCUUAUUCACACCUGGCUUAAAUCUCACUCUGGUUUCACACUGCUUUGACCUGAAGCAUAGUGGAGUUAGAGGAGGCACUUGGAGAUGGACCUCAUUCUGGAUGACGUCACCGCCUCUGGGACCUGGAUCCCCGGCAACCAUCUUACGCACUGACCCCCUUUUUCUAGGGGGAUGAGCCAAUGAUGCACUGUACUGUAUGAUACAUGUCCAUAGCAAUAUUUAUAGCUGAGUUAUAGCUUUCUGAGUGGCCUGUUCAAUGAUAUGUGAAUGAGAAACUCCUCCCAUCUUCUUGUAACCUGCACUGUUCUCAGGUUUGAUUGGUGGAAUGGGCAAAGAACUCCACCGGUGCUUUGAACUACAAGUCCCAAUGGGCUUUGCAAGUUGGUGAUGGGUUAUGGAGGAGUAGAGAGUAUAAUUAGGUGAUUUAUUUAGUGUGUUUCAUGUGCCAGACCUGCUUGCAAAGAGACUGGACUCUAUAUAAUUACAUUGGAUGUGUUCUUGUGAAGACAGGUUGAUCUGUUUUGGAAGUGACUGAGAACGAAGAUUGAUUAUGACCAAGCGGGAAAUUUAGAGUAGAACUAUGACCUUCAGUUAAUCAAAGAGGAAGAACUGUUUGACAUGACUGUACUUGUGAUGCCAAAAUGACUUGUCUAUUGUCAGAGUUUGUGAAAGUAAAUGCUAUUACAAAGCUUUAAUAUAGUAUAAAAUGUUAUGAAAUGUCAGUUUCGUAAUCAUAUUUCAAUUCCUGUUUUCAUCAAUAACAAGGGCUCGAUUCAAUCAAAUCCGCUUUAGCCAACAUCCGCAUAGCGGUUGUUUUGGCGGUAUGGGAACUGAGUUCGAGCUGUCAUAUCCACAAGUGGCUCCUGGCAUUAUACCUAAAGCGGACAUUGCCAUUCGCUGCACAAGUUGCAUUAACGAAAAUCCCAUGCAGCCUUAUUUACAAAUUUUAACACUGGAUUGUGAGAUAUAAUCUACACCUGAAUUAGGAUGAUAGAAAUGCUCAUGAUUUCAUUGGAUGAUUUAUAAAUUUGAGCAUAAUUAUUUCUAUAUAGCCUACAUUUUCUCAUUCUGAACUUCUAGCGCUUUGGCUUUCAUGGCAACGAUCGCAAGAGCAGCUGCUCACCGAUUAGACAGCUCUAGCAGUUUCACCUCUGACAUUGCCAAAACAUCUGCUAUGCGGGUGUCUGCUAUCGCCAGUUAAUGCUUGAUCUGACUGAAUCUAGGCCCUGGUCCUAUGUAAACUGAGAAAAGUUCAGCAAAGUGACAUUUUUUAACCACAGGGCAGCAAUGUACUGUAGUGUUUUGUUUGUGCUGUCUUGAUUGGUUGUGCAUACCACCCAACAACCCAAUGGGCAUCUGGACUUUUUCUGAAUGGCUAGUACUGUAAAUGCUCCCAUAUGAAAGAAACAGCUAUGAAAAAGAAAG